CUGUCACAUGGCUGGUAAUAGGAUCCCUCAUCUGCCACUCGGCACCUCGCCGGGGCGCAGUUACAGGACACAUGCUGUAGGGCCUCCGCUUCCCGCACUUUGCGCUCUUCCCGGCCGUCCGCGACCACCUCCGCCCCCGGAGCGCCGGGGCUGCGGCCCGCGAGCGCAGUGCGGCCCGGCGGCCGCUGCCCAUGGAGCCCCCCGCCCUCGCCGCCGCCCUGGCCUUGUCCGGGCUGGCGCUGAGCUGCUGCCGGGAGCCCGUUCUCUCCGAAUGUUAUACAGCAAAUGGGGCUGACUAUCGUGGCACCCAGAACCAGACCUCCCAAUAUGCAGGGAAACCUUGCCUUUUUUGGAAUGAGACCUUUGAGCAUCCUUAUAAUACUUUGAAAUAUCCCAAUGGGGAGGGAGGGCUUGGAGAACAUAACUACUGCAGGAACCCUGAUGGAGAUGUCAGUCCAUGGUGCUACAUUGCAGAGCACGAAGAUGGAAUAUAUUGGAAAUACUGUGAGAUUCCAUCCUGUCGAAUGCCAGGGAAUCUAGGGUGUUACAAGGACCAUGGAGAGCCACCACCCCUGACUGGCACCAGUGAGACCUCCAACAAACUCACUAUCCAAACAUGCAUCAGUUCCUGCCGAAGUCAACAAUUUAAGUUUGCAGGCAUGGAAUCAGGCUAUGCUUGUUUCUGUGGAAAUAAUCCCGACUACUGGAGAUACGGAGAGGCAGCCAGUACGGAAUGCAACAGUGUUUGCUUUGGAGACCACACUCAGCCUUGCGGUGGGGAUGGCAGAGUCAUUCUUUUUGACACCCUUAUUGGUGCCUGUGGAGGGAAUUAUACUUCUGCUACAGCUGUGAUCUAUUCCCCAGAUUUUCCUGACACAUACGGCACUGGCAAAGUCUGUUACUGGACCAUACAAGUUCCAGGAGCAUCUCAAAUCCACUUCAGCUUUGCCCUUUUUGAAAUCAAAGAUGCUACAGAUAUGGUGGAAUUGCUGGAUGGCUACACCUAUCAUGUUCUAGCUCGUUUUAAUGGCAAGAACCGGCCUCCCCACACCUUUAACAUCUCUUUGGAUUUUGUCAUUUUGUACUUCUUCUCAGAUGAAAUUAAUCAAGCCCAGGGAUUUGCUGUCAGAUAUAGAGCUGUGAAGGACAAUGUGCAUCAAAACAAGACUCCAAUCAAUCAGACUAUUUCAGAGAAGACAAAUGAACAAGCAAAUAUCAGCAUCAAUGCAGCCCGGUCAUCAAAGAUACUUUAUGUCAUCACAACAAGCCCAAGUCAUCCUAGUAGCUCCAUGCCUGAAUGGACAAUAUACUGUCUGACAGCACUGCUCAUCCUAAGUGUAACAGCCAUCAUAGCAAAGAUAUUUCUCCACGUAACCAUGAGAUCCCAUCAGAUGCCACCUGCAACUGAAACAGAAGAUUCCAGUGAGGCUACUACUGCUGGUGAGAUCUGGAGUAUAUUUUACCAGCCAUCCACAUCGAUCUCCAUCUUCAAGAAAAAGCUUCGAAGUCAACAAGAUGAUUGCAACCCACUAGUGGGAAACUGAAGUGUCUUCUAUUUUACAAGAAUCAAUCUUCUUAAAAUCCAGGUGACUUGGGAAUAAUCCUUUUUUUUCCCCCCUCCCAAUCUCGUGCUUGUUUUCCGAAAAGGCAAUUAUUUCCAAAGACCUUUGAGUGACUUUGCCUAUCUGCUGUUUUCUUGAGUACUCUAAUGACAACAGAUUUAACUGCAGCAAUAGUUUUGAACUGUCUGGUGCUCAUCAAAUUUGCAGGGCCGCUAAUUACUGCCCUUAAACCAAUGCACUUAAAAGACACGUAAAAUCUGUAAAAUUCAAAAUGCCCUACCAGACGUAAUUGAAUUAAUAUCUGCAGGUUGAGGCCUUCUUGUGUCCUACUUUCCUGUACCACAGUAUUAUAUCAGGCUACUUUAUUCUCAAGGCUGAAGAUGGAGGUGGAUACCAAUAACCUGUUCAGCUGCCACAGCAACCCGAGCUUAUUUUAACCGUUUCUAAAUGGUACUAUACAGUAAAACGGGAGUCAAAGACAUUGAGAAACUAUCAGCCUGGCUGCCCAGUGCUCUGCUGUUUUUACAUUUUCUGUUUCUAGAAGCAGAGGUGUACAAAUAAAAAAAAACCAAAACAAAUUCAGGAGGCAAACACUCCACGGAAUUUCAGCUGCAAAUGUGAGUUUUGAUAGAGUGAUGCUCACCAGGUCAAGGUCUGCACUUAAUGAAGAGGAAUGAAGACUUUUAAAUGACUAUGUCUGACUCAUUCACUGACAAUUAUUAGAAUUUUGUUCAUAUUCACAAUGAUUCUUUAAAAAACUAUUGCACUGCAGUCUGAAGUCCUGUAUUCAUUCUGGAUGUAAGCUUAGGGCUUCCUAAAGGAUUGUCCAAAGACACUGUAAAUCCACUGAACUUUUACACAGUGAGGCUAACUAACACAGAAUCUUACUCUGAAGUUAAAGAUAUUGAUCUCAGCAGCCUAAACUAUUUACAAAGUUAUAGCUUGCUGUCAACAACUCACCUAUGCCAGGCUGUGCAUCUGAACACACAGCAUAACAGUUGCCUUAAUACUUAGCUGCGAUAAGAAGCUUCUCCUUGCCUGCAAAAUUAAAACUGAACUGCAUUUUUAAGAUAAGUACCCUUAAUGCCAAAGAACUAAAACAUCAGUGGGGUUCUGGACUCUGAAAUACUUUUUCUUUGAUUGCAACAGACAGCAUUAAUUAUUUUUUCUCUUUGGUAGAGUAUCUGUCCACCCACAAUGCCCAGAGUUUUCAUCCCACCACUGGGGAUCAACAGUAAGUCUUUCAGGCUUAUUAAGUCGACACCAGCAAGAUAUUUAGGAAAAACAGACAAUACAGAAGUCAGAAAAAUGGACUGAAAGAGUUUACUGAGUAAGAAAGUCCUCAAACUAAGUUAGAGGAAAUUCAGAGAGAGCAAUUAAAUUACAGUAAUUCUGCUUGAGGGAAAAGGAAUAAAUAUUAAACAUAUACCAAUGGUCUGUGUAUACCAGACUGGCAGAGAACAACUAUUAAAUGCAUCUGCAAAAGACAACUAAGAAGAUUAAGAAAACUGUCACUGAGUUUAAACUCACUGUAAGCAUCUGCCCUUUUAACAGACAACUACCCCCCCCCCCCCCUUGAUGAUGUCUAUAGAUUUCCUUGAAAAAAUAGGCAUCUAAGAAUUGAACAAUGAAAUACUGUGCCUUACUUGCCAUUGUAGAUCUAGAUUUUUACCUGAAUUUAAUUCAUUCCAGCUCCAUUUAUGUACCACAGAUGAGUGCCAGAGACAGCUGAACACCACCACAACAAAUGAUUUAGAGAAACAAGACUUUACUAAGCCAGCAAUUAUGGAAUUGUUUAUAUAAAAAAUUGAAUAUCAUGGGAACAUCUAGUACUUCCUUGCAUGAUCCCCUGGAAAGAAUACAGGAAAAGAUAAUUACAAUAUUGCCUAAAAUCAAGACAGGACCUGCUGCAAAAUAUGCUGGUUAUCUCUUAUGUAUCAUCAGCUUGGACCAAAAGACAUUAUCUGUUUCAAAUCAACAAAAAUUUUUCAAUUGCCUUUUUAACAGUCACGUUUUGCAUCCUGCUGUGUAGGGAAAGCAUGUAUCUCACAGAUUUGUACCAAAACAAAUUAAGUUUACUUCUUAAGCCUGCUUAAUAUGACUCACUAAUGUAAAUCAGGAGGAGAGAGUCAUAGUGUAAAGCUAGAUCCUUAAGUUAUGAGCACAUUGUGAAGCUUUGCUUGCUUGCUCUAUUAAAUGAUCUUGAGCAGUUAAACUAUACAGUCAAAGGGACAUUCAUAAAGCCAUUUGUAAAUGCUGACAAACUGAAAAAACAUCAUGAGCAUCCCAUGACUGAUUUCUACCUACUUCAGAAGGAAAAAAAUUACAAAUUUGUUAAGCUUCUCUUCUUCAGUAAAUUAUUUAAUUUCACUAUAAAAUCAGAGAAAGCCCAUGACAAACAACAACAAAAAAGAUUGAUGCUACUAAUGCAAAAUCUAGAUAGUUUAGAAACAAAGAUUUUGCAUCAGUCCCUUAGUGCCUCAACUAUUUUUAAAAUAAAAUUAUAUUUCAUUAGGGUUGCUUAGGGUAUGUUUAUCCAAACAUUUCUGUGCAAAACACAGAUAAAAACAUCAGUUAUAGCACAUUAACUGGCCAUGACAACAAUAAACAACUAAGUAUAAGGUACUGGACAGUGUUAAAAGUGUACAGAAAAUUGUUCUGUUCCCCCCCAAAUGUUUCAGACUGUCUGAUUCUAGAUAUCUCUAAUACUAAGAAACAGAGCAAUUGAUAGAAAUGCAUGGGCAGGGUCCCUUAAAUAGCACUUCUUACUCCACAGGCCUGAGACCAUUAAAAGCAGGUAGAUCUCUGCUGUGGAAUUUUUCAAAAAGUGGUAUGGUCACUCGCACUGCUAGCACAAACACUUCAGUGGUAUGGUGGCAUAUGGCCAGCAUAUAUGGUAUCCAUUAAUAUAGUGCUUAAUGAUCUUUGCUGUAAGGGUUUUGGGAAAAAGAAACAUGCACAACUGUUGUAAUCCUACAUGAAUCGGCACAUAGAAACCCCCCUAGGACACUAGCAGCUGAGUGCUGACAGCUGGAGGGCACAAAAGCUCAGGAUGUUAGUGUUUACAGCAUUUUCUUCAACAACUUGAAAAUAACUGCAGGAGAAUUUGUUCUGAAUUGUAUCUGAAUAGCCUUCUUGAUCUCCUACCUAGCAGUUUGUGCAACAUGCUGGACAGGCUGCAAAUGUGACACUGGCCACAAUUUCAAAAGCAACUGGUUUGACAACAAAACAUCAUGAGGAGCUGCCUCCUCACAGACUUGCAUUCCAGCCCCUGAUCUGGGCCCCUCCUCGCUCUGUUAUGUUGGUAUGACCGGCUGUGUGGUGGUGCAAUAAACUGAUCAGGUUAAAAAUUACCAUUGCUUUUUCUUCCCUGAGUUACUUUUAACAGAGAUGAGUCCUCUGAUCUUGUUUAUUGGGUAGCUGCAGAGAACGGUGAGCUAACACAGCUGAGUGGACAAUAAGCCACAGGAGAAAGACAGUUGUCUCCCAGAAGCAGGGGCAGUAAGUACUUCUGCUGACACUGCCACCAGAGCAAUUUGUGAGACUGCCUCGGUACAGCAGUCAGGUACAGCAGCCUACACUGUGUGCAGACCUCAGGUGGAAGGGGUCACACUGGACUAGUGGCCUCCCUAAUUCAAAAUCUACAUUUAAAAAUAGUUUAGUUUGUUGACUACAUGAUUUUAUAUGUACUUUUGUCUUAAUAUUAUUGUGUUGGGGGAAACAGAGACUGUGUUAUUUAAAAAUGUGAUAUAUUAUCAUAGUAAUAUAUAUUUAUAUAUGUAUAGGAAAUGCAUUAUUUAAUACAGCAUAUUAUGCUUGUAUCCUGCUAACCUUUUAUAGGAAGAAAAUAUGUUAGUUUAAACUCUGGGAAAAAUAAAUUUUUCAUACACUGUGACCAUAGAAAAAAAAUCCAAGAUAAUUCAUUGGUAUAGAUGAUAGAAGAACACUGAGAGGGUAACUUGGACUCAGUUUUGUGGCAGAAUGGAUGCUGAUGAAACAACUGCUUUAAGAUGCACUUUCCUCGUUUGAGUCUCAUUUCUAGCUUGUAAUUGUAUUAGGCAGUUCAUCAGAUCCUGCAAAUUCAUGUGCCUGUACUCUCAGGACUAUUUUAACAUCUACCAUGUCAGCUGCUUUUUCAAUCAAGUGUUAGAAUCUCCUUUCUUGGGGCUUGUUUCUGCCAGAUUUUCUACAGCCGGUACUAUGUUGAGGUUUAUCACAUUGCUCACACAGACAACUCAGUGGUACUGCAGAAUUAUAGUCUAUAUUCCAGGCUCCCCUGGCAAUAGUAUAAAUGGGAGAUUUUUACGCAUAGCCCUGGAAACUGUACUGAAUCUGCAGCCUGAACAACUACAGGCCAAACAUAUCAGCAGACACUUUGGCUGCCACUGAAUGAGCAUGACUAACUAUUCCAAUUUCAUCUUCUGCUUAAUAAGCCAUCUCAGGCACUGGGAAGGACUGCCAACAGAUUUUUCUAGUGCAGUACUUUGCCUAAAGGAACAGUGAACUAUGAAAACAACUCCUCAAGAAUACCUGUCCAACUAGUUCUUACUACCUUACAGCAAUGGUAUUUCACAAUCUUCCAAUGAAAUAUAGUCCAGUGACAGUUUCGCUUGAAUAUUAUUCUAGACAUUUGCAAACAACAUUAUCAUUCUGCUACCUUGAGAUCUAGAGUGAAAAAUACAAUUUCAGACCAUAGUUUUUUUCUGUAACAACACACCCCCCAGCACACACACAUUUCAUGCAACUCAUACCUUCUCAAUUUUACUGAGCACCUGUGCUUUGGGAUUAAAUUUGGCACUUUGAAUUGCAGUCUCAAGAAAACUUACUGUAAAUCCAAAGGCUAUCAUGUGAACCAAAAAAGCACUGACAAGGAAAAAGAAUAAAUCAAAUUUGAAAUGACUCACCACUGAAAUACAUGCUGUGUUUAUAUGUGGUCAUUCUGCAUUCAGCAAAUGGCUGUAAGUAAUAAUUAUUAAAAAAUUAAUGCAGUUAAUUUCUGCAGGAGCACUUCAGUUACUAUUGCUGAAGUGUAGACAAGUAUUGAAUAAACGAGGCAGUAAGUUUCUCCAAUGAACUGAUGCAAUUCACCAGAACAUUACAGCAGAAUUGUCUGCUGUGGAGGUUAGAAGAGAAUAUUUGAGCUGAAAACGAUGAGAAUUAUUAACUAUGGAAAAUAUGUUACCACUCUGAGAAGCGAUUUCUGAAGUAACAGCAUACUGAACUUUUUAAUUUACACUUUUUCAAACUGUUAGAAGUAACUAACAAUUCUUUCAUUGUUUUCCUCUACAAAUUGCAGCAACAUGUAAUGCUGUUUCCACUUUCUUGUGAGAUUCAUCUUUUCUUUCAUUAAUUCCUCCUUCUGACCAAAAUAAUGCCACUCUCUUGAUGAAAUUUUCAGCUACAUUUAUGUAAACAUGUGAAUACCAGUGUCAGAUACCAAAACUGUCUUCAGUUUUUCAUGUCAGGAGUCAGACUCAUUUUUCUUUUAGAAACAGUACUGUUACAGGAGGAUUGGCUUUCCCUUACACAGGGGAAGUUACUCUGCUCUCCUUUCUUAGCAUUCAGGCUACGAGACUUCUCUUACACUUCUGUUUAUUCUGGGAACUGUUGCCCUUUUUUUGUUGUUUCCCAGGCAACAGUUUCAUUCCUCAGGAGGGAAAUGUAUUCUCUAUUCUGAGGGACACUUUUCUAUGAAGCUUUUAAGUCCCAGAAGCAUGGCGCUUCCACUGAAAGAUAAAGUAUUUGAUUUCAGGUAUGCUAUUCUCUCCCUGGCCAAAUACAUUUAGGCUGGCUCCACACAGUGUGAACUUGGCCAUCCUUUUAAGGACACUUUUCUCUUCACACUACAUAAGUAACAGCCAAUGUUACCUAGCAGCUGUCAUAGGAUUUGACAGACGCACACAAUAUUGCUAGAGAAAAAUGAGAUAGUGUUACAGAAACACCAAGUGUUACCAUAAUGUACAAUCUCGUUAAGAACAGUCUGCCUCUGCUUUUCCUAUUUUACUAUAUGGAGGUUCCAUGCAGAUUUGUGGUGUCCACAGGACUCUCAUUUUGCCACAGAUUUGUUCCUUAAGUAUUGAACCUCAACAGUGAAAAGAACCCUGCCAAAUAUCAGUAUUCAUUUCUGAUAGAAAAUGUACAUUUAGUCAUUAAAGGUACAAAACAAAGAAGAGACAGAAUGCGCCCCUCCCCCCCCCCAACACAGACACAAAACGAAGCACCAUGUUUGAGUUCAGUCAACAGCAACAACUGUCUUUCUAAAAGAGCCAGUAUGAUUAUUUUGUGGGACAGCAAGGGUAAAGGUCCUCAUCUUAGAAACAAAAUUACCUCACUGUUCUUGUCAGAAGAAAUGAGAAAACUAAACACCAAUCAGCAAUAGCAAACGGGGGUAGAGGGAAGAGGAUGGAGACUCAGAUGUGACCUGUCAACACAGCAAAACACAUAUGGCAAGUUCUAUGCUAUUUUUAAGAACAAUUGUUUAAUGAACUAAUUUGAAAACUAAAUGCCUAUCUAUAAGCAUUUGCAAUUUCCAAGAUUCUGUUCACCAAGAAAAUAAAAGGACACAUAUUUUGAUUGGGAAGCACUUGU